CAGCGAAUGUCGGUAGAAUAAGCAAUCACCGAUUAACCUGAUUUUCUUUAUUUAAAAGUAAAUUACUAAAAAUUCCUAAACAAGAAAGGAUCGUGCUAAUAGUUUUUCUAUAUAUUUAUGUUCCUUUAAGUAAAUUUAAUUAAAAAGUGUGUAUUUUUUACAAAUAACUAAACGCUCUGCCUACCAAUUGUUAGGCGGAAUAAGAAAUUUGUAGAUUUACGACUUAUUUAAGUAAGACAAAACUAACAAAAAUUUAAAUUAUGGAUGGCACAGAUGAAUCGAAUGUUAUUGAAACAACUAAAAAUGAACCAUCUUUGCCUGGUAGCGAUAUCGGUGUUGGUCUGAGUCCGAAUAUUGCCGAUAUUGCUUCACCCUCCACAGCAGCAGGCUUAACUAAUAACGGUAGCGGCACAGCCACAUCGGAAUCAUCAUCAUCAGUAAUCACACCUGCUGCAAUGACUGAUAAUACUUUACAUGUGGAGAUCUCAGACGCUUUGAGCGAGAAGGACAAAGUCAAAUUUACAGUACACACACGUACCACUUUGCCUGGUUUCGCGAAGCAAGACAACAAUGUUGUGCGACAGCAUGAGGAAUUCGUUUGGUUACAUGAUCGCUUUGAAGAGAAUGAAGAUUAUGCUGGUUACAUAAUUCCACCUUGCCCUCCAAGGCCAAACUUUGAUGCAUCUCGCGAAAAACUACAACGCCUCGGCGAAGGUGAGGGUAAUAUGACGAAGGAAGAAUUCAAGAAAAUGAAAUCCGAGUUGGAAGCUGAAUACUUAGCCACCUUUAAGAAAACAGUAGCUAUGCAUGAAGUAUUUUUACGGCGCUUAGCAAAUCAUCCUGUUUUUCGAGUUGAUCAGCAUUUAAAAGUAUUUCUUGAGUACAAUCAGGACUUGUGCGCAAAACCACGAAAGAAAAUGGCUAUAUUUGGCGGUUUUGUAAAAUCUUUAGGCAAGACCACCGAUGAAAUAUUGUUUGGCGCUAUUGUACGUGAUGUCAAUGACUUCUUUGAAAAUGAAUUACAAUUUCUCACCGAGUAUCAUGGACAUUUACGUGAAGCAGCGUUACGUACAGAAAAGAUGACACAACGUCACAAGGAUGUGGGUGAAUGUCAUCAAAAAAUUUCAAAUGCAUUGAUGCAAUUAUCAACAGCGGAAAAGGGUAGUAUGGAAACAUUUUGUGCUAAAAGUGCAGAAAUUUUUGAAAAAAUCAAGAAUUUGGAGGCACGUGUGGCAAGUGAUCAGGAUUUGAAACUUGGUGAUACGUUACGUUAUUACCAACGCGACAGCGAUGCAGCUAAAGCGUUACUUAUACGUCGCUUGCGUUGUUUGUCAUCUUAUGAGACUGCAAAUCGUAAUUUAGAAAAAGUACGCGCUAAGAACAAAGAUGUGCAUGCGCCUUUGGAAGUGCAAGAGGCUGAAGCUGCACAAGCCGAAGCUUGCGAGAAAUUCGAAUCAAUGUCAGCUUGCGGUAAGGAGGAAUUAGUUAGUUUUCGUAAUCGUCGUGUACAAGCAUUUAAAAAGGGGUUAAUUGAAUUAGCUGAUCUUGAAAUAAAACAUGCCAAAACUCAAUAUGAGUAUAUGCGUCAAUCAUUGCUAGCUCUCAAGGAAAUCGCAUAAAAUGUUUUUAACGUUAUUUUUUUUUUUUUAAAUCAAUCAUUAAUGUUAAAAAUUUUGUUUAAAUAUCUGAUAUAGAUCUUGAAUCAACUGAUCAAAAGCAAAAAAAAUAGUUAAAUGCGUUCAAAAAUCUCGUUAUCUUACAUUAUAAUUUAAAUUGUAUAUAUAAAAAAGCAAAA